AUGCCCACCCGCGCCAAAUCUCAUAAGUCGAGGUGGUCAGACCUCAAGUUCGAAAAGUUCGACCAGGAAUAUUGCUGUGUUGUCACCUUCCACUAUCUCAAGGGAAGCAACGAUCCGCAUGACCAGAGGAACGAGCAAGGCGCGCGCCGAUUCUUCUUUGCCCGCAAACAGGAACGGCUCCACCUCGACUGGAGCGCGCUCCUCUUUGCUGAAGACCAUCUCGAUGUCCUUCUCAGCAAAUAUUCAGAUCGAUUCCCCGCAAUUAGGCCGGAAGUGGCCAAGCAGGCUGUACUCGUCGCGGCAAAUACCGAGUGUGAGCUCCUCGUCGAACAGGAGAUGCGAGCAAGGGCCCUUAACGGGAAGCUGCAGCAGUUCUGUCUCUCUAUCGGCAUUCUCUGCUACGUCUCAAUGUACGCGUUCAGACGACAAGCCGCACAGGAAGCCAAGAACAUGCACUCGACCGAAGAGGCCAUGGCACUGCUCAACCAUGCCCCCACCAACCCAACCACGAUGCUCAACUACGACCAGCACGGUUUCGGGAGGCGAGACGUAACCUCCUUUAGGCUGGGCGGUGUGGGGCUCACGAGCGCGUCGAUCCGCAAGUUCUUUUCGCCGUCGAACAGACUGGUAAGUACUUGUUCUUUGCGUAUCCUCCUGCCUACUCAGCCUCCUCGCAUGCAAAUGACGUUUAUUGAUCUCGUGGGCCUACAGUGGAAUAGGAAUGCAUCAGCAGAGUCAUCAGGUCGGUCGCUAAAAGAGGAGAUCGACGCACGCGCACGCCAGCUCGUCACCUCAGAUCCAGAGUGCGAGAAGCUCAAGGCCGAACUCCACAAAAUCCUUAAACAAACGCACGAGACGCUUCAAGCCCACGGCCACCUCCCCCACGACGAACCAUACCAGAUAAAAGCCAAGAACGUCGUAAGGUACAGAGCGCUGGCAGAGAGUGCCAACCAGCCUGAUCUGGUGGAGAUAAGGAAGAAGCUCGAAGAACACCUCAUCCUGCGCAAAUAUGAGCAGAGAGAGGGAAUGGAGUUCGGAGGAGAUGAUGACGAAGAGAUUGACACCGAAGCGCUGGGGCAUGAACAAGAGGAGACUGAGGCAUGGAAGGCAUUUUCGCAGGGCCAAAUGCUCAUGGCCGGACCCGAAGAAGGCGACGCAACAUUCGAGGAAUGGGAGGUGUUUGUCAGGCGCUGGAUCGACAAGGCGGACGAACCGAUUGGUGGCACAGAGGACCGAUCCGACUAUGCCUCAGAGUACGUUUACCCCCGUCUUUACGAAGCAGGGAGUGAACCGGCUUUCCGGGUGGAAGUACAAGGUCCCUACGUGGACAGCAUGACCGUCGACCUGAUACUCAAAAACUUCCGUGUUGUCGCCCUCCGUGAGUGA